CCCGGUUUGUUUACUUUCAGCAGAUCUGCUACGAAAUAUACGUCACCCCACCGAUCGCGCAUGCCCUGUCGCGCUCUUGCUACCAACAAGCUCGACAAUUGAACUCCAACACCACGACACCUUUCUUUCGACCAGUUGCCGGUGUUGUCUGGGUUCCUGAACAUUUAAUCGUCCGAGUCGAGUACUGAUCUCGGUGUGCUUGCACCAAUUGCCGACACAAUGGCGCGCCGCUCUGCGCGCCUGGCCAGCCUCGCAAAGGCAUCUAAACAGGCCUCUGAGACACCCACUCUAUCUUCCGUUGCCGAGUAUGCCGAACAUGACGAGAAGCCGGCGGACGCCGCUCCCGAGAGCGUCCCGGAAAGCGCGCCCGAUGCCGCCAAACCCGCCGCGUCAUCUCCCGCUCGAGAGCCGAAAACUCCCAGCAGUUCAUCUCCCAUCAAGCCACCAUUGUCGGAGAUGCAUCCUAGCAAAGUUCGCCCUACUAUGGCUCCCCCGUCGUCCGGGCUGCGUCUCGGAUUCACCGACAUCAAGCCCACCACCGGUCGCGACGAUAAUCUUCCCGCAGUAGCUCAAACCACGCCUUCCCGCGUCACGAUGCCUUCAUCGCAGUUCACCUUCCGUGUCACGCGCGGAACGCUCAACAAUGAUCUGGGUUUGGGCCCCGAAGCUCAGCGUAUGAUGGUAGAAGUUCGCGAACAGGCCGAGAAGCACAAGGAGGCAGCGAGGGCCCAGCUUGAAGCCGAGAAGCGAGAAGAAGAGAAGAUUGCCGGUCGCAAAAUUGCCCAAGCCAAAGGGAAAGCCGGCCGGUUUAGCGCGGCUCAUAUGGCACAGUUCAAGAAGAUGGACUCAAUCGAAAACCACCCGUCAGCUUUCCGAGCCCAGCCAGGCCGUGUGACUUCGCUCAAGGCAGGUGUCAAGCGGAGCCAGUCAAAGGCGAACCUCGACGAGCCGGAAACGAACCAACCAAGGGUUCCUACUCCUGCUGCUGCUGCUGCUACUGCUUCUACUGCCACCAAACGGACUAGGUCAACAACCGCCGCCGAAGAGCCCGUGGUCCCCGCUAAGCGGGCCCGGCAGAACAUCGACGAAGAUACGUCGAGCAAGCGCCCGACGGCGGGUGAAGGGAGCUCGAUCCCGGUACCCAAGUCUGCCGGGCCGGGCAUUCCUCGUCCGAAGGGAUCCCUCGCCGCAUUGAUGACCCCGACCAAAUCGUCCCUGGCUAGGACUACCAGCAUCAAGACCCCCGGCCAAGCCUCGUUGGCCAAGUCGCCUUCCAAAGCUGCACUCAGCGGGAUCCCUCGUUCUGCUACCACAAACAAUCUUCCCACUGUGAGAAUGGUCACCGAGAAGGAUUCCGAGACUGCAGAGAUCAAGAGCCCCAAGAGCCCGUUUGAUAGGGUCAAGGCGAUGCUCCGUGGUGCCAAGGCGGGUGCAUCCAAGCCCAGGAGCGCCCUGCCGCUGCCUUCAGCCCUUGCUUCAAAGACUCCGGCUCCCGCUCGCCCACAAAAGGAGCUUCCCACGGCCCCAUUGACAACACCUGGCCGCAAGCUUACCAAGCGCGUCGCUUUCACGCCCGAUACGCGUCGAGCGGCACUGACACAGAACUCGCCGUCCCCCAUCAAGCCCGGCGCCUUUCAGGGCAAAGGACAAACCCGAGGAGAAGUGCACUAUCCUUCUCUCGAUGGCGUGAUGGCGGAGGCUGCUGAAGCUGAUGUGUCGUACCCGGACCUUUCAGCACAGCGUCCACUCCCCGCGCCUCCCGCCGAGACAUCCGACUCUGCGUCCGCUGAGCCGUCGCUCCCCGGCGAGUUCACCUUCCGCAGCGACCAUACCAUCAGCUUCGGCAGCACCAACACGUCGUUUGGUUCUUCGCCUGGACAAGCCAGCGUUCGGAUCGUACGUCCCUCCAUUAUGCCAACCGAGAAGAUGCCGGGCAGUUUCCCGACCGUGGCCCCCAGCUCGGGCGUCAACAAGGAGAACGAAGCGCCGCGCAGCGUCUUCCUGGCGCUCCCGCACGGCAUGUCCACCAAGAAGCGCCACCGGGUCAGCACCGACGAAGAGGAGGCCGAGAAGGAGGCGGCCGAGCGCGCGGUCAAGAAGCGCAAGCAGGAGCAGGUCCCUGAGGGCGACGCUCUGCUAGCACCGCGUCUAGUUGCCGCCGCCAACGCCAAUGCCAACGCCAGUGCCAGUGCCAAGCGCACCCUGGAGAGCCCCCGGAAACUGCCCCUUCCCGGCCAGGCGCCCGGCACGCCGAGCCCCAUGAAGAAGAAAGGCAUCAGCCUUAGCCGGUUGAACAUGCUUGCGCGUCCAAAGAUGCGGAAGUAGACGACUCGCAUGGGUGGGGCGAGAGCGUGUUGUGGGUGUAGGAGUUCUACGCCGGCCGCGGUAUAUCUGAUCCAUCUCGUACAACAGCCGUAUAAUAUUACUGCCAGCUUAUGGCUCAGCGGGCUCGGUUGACGACUGGAAGUUUUGGGCUCCGCUCUCGGAUGAAGGCCAUGUUCAGGCGCUGUGGGUGAUGCCACGCUCUAUAAGCUUGGACAUAUCAUUCUAUCUCGGACUCAU